AUGACCAGCCGAUCGCGGUCGAACUCCACCGACGCGUCGACGCUGCUCGUGCUAACGCCGUCGUCGCUCAAGCACCAACACGACUUGGAGAAGAUCCACUUGAACGCAGAUGCAGCUCCCGACGCGCGCCAAGAAACGGUGGCGCUCCUCCAACUUGCAUUCCCCAUCAUUGCGACGUUGGCGCUUGAAUUCCUGCCUGGAGCGUUUUCCGUAGCGAUCGUUGGACACAUUGACUCGCCACUUUCCAAGGAGUAUGUCGAUGCGGCAACGUUGUCGACUAUGUUUCUCAACAUCACGGGGCUCUCGAUUGGGUUUGGGCUCUCGACAGCCAUGGAUACUCUGUGUUCGCAGACUGUUGGCGCGGGCAAACUCUACAACCUCGGCAUGUACUUUCAGAGCGGCUUGAUCGUGUUGGCGUCCAUGUACAUUCCGUCGGUGAUCCUGAACUAUCACGCCGAAUUCUUUCUCCUGGCACUGGGACAAGACCCGGUCGUGGCGGCGCUAGCCGGCACGUACUCUCGUGUGGCUGUGUGGUGUUUGCCGGGGGUGUUCCUUUACGAGCUAUUGAAAAAGAUUCUCCAAGCUCAAAACAUUGUCAACCCGAUGGCGUACAUCGCAGUCAUCAGCAACGUGGUCUACGGUGCUUUGGGCUAUUUCUUGUGCUACCACACUGAGCUUGGCUUCCUCGGCGCGGCGUACGCUCGCUCGAUCAGUAACACACUGCUCCCGAUCUUUGCCGUCGCCUAUCUCAAGUGGAACCCGGUCUACAAGCUUUGGUGGCCCGCGGACCACUCCGUGUCGUCUCAGUGGAAGGCGGCGCUGGCCCAUGUCCCCGAGUUCUUUGCGCUCGGAAUCCCCGGCAUGCUCAUGAUGUUGAUGGAAUGGUGGGCAUUUGAGGUGUGUGCGGUCUUGGCGGGCUGGAUGAACGACCCCGUUUUGUCCAUCAGUGUGCAUUCGGUCCUCAUGAGUUUGUCCGCGCAAGCGUACAGCUUAUUCCUCGGGCUCAGCAUCGCCACAACGGUGCGGCUCGGCAACGCGCUCGGUGCGAACGAGCCACGUCGAGCCCAUAUGAUAUCAAGAGUCGCGCUGGCUGUUGCUUUCGUCGCGGGGUUGCUUGUGUCUAUCGUGUUUAUGAUCACGCACGACUACUUGCCUGCCAUUUUCAUCAGCGACAGGGCCGCGAUCAAGGCUACCCAAAACGCCCUUGCCAUCUUUGUUGUGUUCGAACUCGUCGACUGCUUGAGCUGUGCGGCGCAAAGUUUGCUCAAAGGAAUGGGGAAGCAGUCCGUGGGCGCUUGGGUGAAUGCCGCAGCGUACUACUUGUUUGGGAUCCCGAUUGGAGCGCUCCUUGCGUUUCACUUUGGAUUUGGUGUCGUGGGCCUCUGGGUCGGGUUGGCGUUCGGUCUCUUUGGCGGGUUCUGCAUCUACCUGUGGUUCAUUUGCACCGUGAACUGGAAAGCAAUGGCGGACGAUGCCGCCGUUCGCACGUCCACAUAA